ACGAAAAGUACGAUCUGUGGGUUAUAUUCCUCGGGAUUAUCUACACUCCCUGGAAGUGUGUCGCAGAGCAGAUGACAAUCCCUGCAGGGAGAUUUGCUUCGUAAGGUUUAUUCUUUAUGACUAUAGUUCCGACAUCUGGUCGGUCGCGACGCGGAGGACGCCGCAGCCCAGUGGCGACUGGGUUAAAGCAUGGCCCUGUCAUUCCUUCUGGUCCUUGCCGCCACUGUGAUUCUGAUCCGACCGGAAACACCUGUUACAAAGGCUCUCCAUCAGAACACUUUUGAGUGCUGCAGUGAAAGGCAGAAAGUGAACAGCUCAUGUUCGAAUGACACUCACUGUGAACCAGGAUGCUUCUUGCGGGUGCUGGAGAAUGGCAAUCAUAUUUGUAUAUUCUGCGACUCUGCGGCUGUGGAUUUGGAGAACAUCACGACCUGCAGCUACAAUUACACAGUUGAUGUGAAAAAUCAUACGACAAUCACAACUGUUGUUCCAAAAAUUGGAGGAGCAGGUGUGGCUGCAUCUCUGCUACUCGGAACACUGCUGAUCAGCUUGUUCCUGAUUCUUUCUGUUGCCUCUUUUUUCUACCUCAAACGCUCCAACAGACUUCCUGGAAUCUUCUACCGCCACAACAAAUCGUUCAUAUUCCAACCAAGUGAAACGGCCGUGAUGAUUCCUCCUUCAACAGGGAGGAAGCAGCGAUAUGUCAGGAGGCAGCGGCCUUCCCACACUUCUCCACUGAACAGUGGUCUCUCCCCCGUCACCCCCACCACACCCGCCUCUCAGCUUGACAAUGUCUAGAAGGACCAAGGCUCAGGAUUGUGACCAACAAUGAUGAAGUGAACCUCCAUGUUGGAGGGCCAGUGUCCAUGCAGCUGCUACUUGUCACUGUCUUGUGUUCAGCUGAAGUUUGGUCAGUGAUGGCAAUCCUUUUAUUUCAGCCAAUAAUUUCUUUUAUUUUUUUUAGCAGUCAUGUUAGAAUGCUUUUUAAAAACCAUUUUAUUAAUUCUUUCCGUUGCACUGAACAAUGAUUUUUAAACCGCCGCAAAUACUACUUAUUACAAAUACGCUGAAUAAUUAGUAUAUAUAUAUAUAUAUAUAUAUAUAUAUAUAUAUAUAUAUAUAUAUAUAUAUAUGAACUAUGUGAAAUGCCCUUUUAAUCAUGGUGAGUUCAUGUCUAUUUAUGGUUAUUAGCAGCAAAAUCAAGUGUUUUUUUAUUAUUAUUACUAUUAUUAUUAUUUUACUCUUGUGCACUUUCUACUGUUGUCUCUGUGAAAAGGGACUCAAAUGUCUGGUUACUUUUAUAUUUUCAUAUUUAUUGUUAUUUGUCUGAACUAUCGUGAACUGUUAUAUUAAGGAUUUCUUUCGAAAAAAAAAAAUCUCAUCUCAUUUUAUUGUGAGUUAACAGUGGACCGUUCAUGCUUCAGCCACAUAGCUUUGUACCUUGACUAGUGACGCCAAAUGUGUGGAAGGAAAACCUUCUUUCUGACAAGAAUCGUUGUGCCAUAACAAGCAUAAAGCAGCCCGAUGUAAAGUCUUGAUAUAUCUAAUAAAUAUUUUUUUAAGACGAUUGCUUUCAUGUAUUUUUCAACUGGUGUUUCUAUGGGAAAUGAUCCAAUUUCACCUCAUUUGUCCAGAGACUGAGGUGGGCAAUACGAUGUCACAUUCUUUCUGUGAACUAAAACCCUUCCCACACCCACUC